GAAUGAUUUUGAUUUUUUCAAUCAAAUAAGCUUCUACUUCAUCUGAACAAUCUAUUCUACAAUUCAAUCCAAUUGAUAAUAAUCAGUUACACAAACCAAGAAGGAGAAGAUAUGAAGAUUGAUAUUUAGGAGGUAUAUGAUCAAGCACCGGUGUGAUCAAGUGGAGAUUGAGACUCCACUAAAACUGAUUAAUAAUCAUUGUGAUUUGAUUGAGAUAUUGAGGUAUAUUGAUCAGGAGAACCAGUUGAUUGAUUAGGUAUUGUUGUUUUUACAUCAAAUUAGAUUGGUCCGUGUCUGAAAUUUCAGUUUGGUUGUACAGUCCACAACAACCACUUUUAUGGUAUUUAUCUCGGAAAAAAGCAGGAGAUUGGGAUUCUGAGAGGGUGAGAUUGUGUUUUCCAUUUCUUGGGAUGGAACAUUACAAAAAUUGUGAUUACACGACCGAUCCCAGUUUACAUACAGGUGUACCGCACGCAUCACCGAGUACUCAGGGCCGGGCUAUUAUUGACUCGUUGGAACUUGGAAGUCGAUCACGCUCAGUGGCAGUCGAUCUACAACCACCACACCUCGACAACCAUAUCCUCUAGUUGCUCGUCAAACCCCCUGAAUUUUCUUUGCUUCGACUCCUUCCUCAAGCGCGCCAUGGCCGACGAAUCAGAAAUGCUUGAUCCUUCGCUGCAAAAUGUACUCGAUCAGAAAUCACUCAAAUGGAUCUUUUGCGGAGGCAAGGGCGGUGUAGGCAAAACAACCACAUCAUGUUCCUUGGCGGUCCAGCUCGCCUCUUGCCGAGAAUCAGUGCUCCUGAUAUCUACCGAUCCCGCACACAAUCUUUCUGACGCUUUUGGUCAGAAGUUUGGAAAAGAUGCAACUCUCGUAAACGGUUUUGAAAAUCUUUACGCCAUGGAGAUCGACCCUAACUCAAGCUUACAGGAGAUGGUCGAGCAGUCGGAGGCACAAGGAGGUGGUAUGGGUGGCAUGAUGCAAGACUUAGCCUUUGCAAUUCCUGGAGUCGACGAAGCAAUGGGGUUUGCUGAAAUCAUGAAGCAUGUGAAGUCGAUGAAAUAUUCCGUUAUCGUGUUCGAUACUGCUCCUACUGGGCACACACUUAGGUUCUUGUCUUUCCCGGCAGUUCUCGAAAAGGCCCUAGGCAAGCUUUCGACAUUGAGUGGUCGCUUUGGACCCAUGAUGCAACAGUUCGGCUCAAUGAUGGGCGUGAACACUAACACGGAUGAGAUGUUUGGCAAACUGGAAGACAUGAGAGGUGUUAUCACCGAGGUUAACAACCAAUUCAAAGACCCAGAUUUGACAACAUUCAUCUGUGUCUGCAUUUCAGAAUUUCUGUCAUUGUACGAAACUGAACGAUUGGUCCAAGAACUCACCAGUUAUGAAAUCGACACCCAUUGUAUUGUGGUCAACCAACUCUUAUUCCCAAAAAAGAACAGUGAUUGCGACCAGUGCAAUACUCGUUACAAAAUGCAACAAAAAUAUCUUCGAGAGAUCCACGAUCUGUACAUUGAAGAUUUUCACAUUGUCAAAAUGCCCCUGCUGACGGAAGAAGUCAGGGGAACAGAAAGGAUCAAAAAAUUUUCCAAGAUGCUUAUAACCCCCUACCAGCCUGGGACAAGUGGGUCAAGUGCAGCCUAACUGGAAUUGCUACCGCCUCCUUUCUGUUCCGUCUUCUCAGCUGUCACAUACUACCACUUUGCCUCUGCAGUAACUAAACUAAUUGCAACUUACCACCGCGCUUCGUAUCCUUAUG